AUGGGUGUACUACAAAUGCAGCAGACGCCCUCCAAGACCAACGGAAAGCUGUGGAAUCCGAAGAAACUACUCCCUUUCGAAUCCCCUCGCCGACUACUGCAUUCACGCACCAAUUCAUCAGUUCUCGCCUCCAAUGCGGAGCUACCUACCCCACGUACCGAAACGAACGGAACUGCUGCAGCUACAACCACUGUACGGCAAAUAAGUCAUGGUUGUACGGCAGUGAAGCAUUUGAGGACUGAUGAUGAUGAUGAUGAUGAUGAUGGGAUGGAGAAACUACGCAUGGAAAUAAAGCUUCUUCAAAAACUAAUUCAAAACAAGGAGAUGGGCCGUCGGACUAUGGUUCAGAUCAUUGAGUCAAACGAUCAGGAAGAGCUGAGAAGAACAGAAGGCUGCAAAAUGGGCUAG